CGGAAAGGGAAUAGAGAAGAGUGUGAGGUAGAUCAGUCAAAACAGAACAAGCACGGCUGCAAGCUCUAGCCGUCAUCUGCUGGUUUAUAUUUUCUUAAACUUGUCGAUGUACCGGUUCCACGAAUCGUGCAUUUUCAUAUUCAGGCUUUCCAUUCGAGGUACCUGAUUUGCAGAUUGAGGACUAAAAUCUGCGUAGAGGACUACAGUGCGGAGUCUUCGGGCCUACUACAAACAGAGCCUCUCGUCUUUUGGAGGAGAGACUUGGAAGGCUCGAGAGGAUGGCCGAUGCUGAGGGCAAAUCAAGUGUACCAAGUGGUGGUGCAGAAGACCAAGAUUCUGCCGAAGGCAGAGGGGGUGAGGGGGACUCGGCUGCAGAGGUCCAGGCAUACCCUGACACAGCAGACUCUAACCCUGCCACAGGUUCAGGAGAGGGGGGAGAGGACAGACCCAUGGCUGAGGCAGAGGGCAACAAGGAGGAUGAGGAAGAGGACACAGACAGCAUGGACGGCAGCGGCCUGUACUCUCUGACAGAGGAAGGGGAGCAGGGCAGCGAGGAGGGAGGCCGCAGAGAGAGGGUCAAGGAGGCGGGGAGCGGUGGCACCAAACGGACAGCCAGGAAGAGGAACCGUCCUGGUAGUGGCGGCGGGGGUGGCGGCAGUGGCACAGCCCGCCACUCCUCCAGCUCAGAAGAGGACGAGAACGACGAGGAGGAUGAGGAGCUGGAGGAGGACCAAGACGAGCAGGCUAUGGAGGAGUGGCUGGGCACAGAGGUGCACGAGAUGAGUGUGCCGGGGUGGUGCGCCGUGCCCUCGCUGCGGGCGCGGGAGAUCGGCUGGGGCGCCAGGCAGUUUGUGCGACGUGUCUGUGGCGCCCGCGGCCUGGUGCAGCGCCUGGAGCUGCAGGGCAGGUUGGAGAGGCACACGGGCUGCGUCAACACGCUGCACUUCAACCCAUCGGGCACGCGCCUCGCUUCGGGAAGCGACGACCUGCGCGUGGUCAUCUGGGACUGGGCACAGCUCCGUGCCGAGUUGGAGUUUGACAGUGGCCACAAGAGCAACGUGUUUCAGGCUAAGUUUCUGCCACACAGUGGAGACUCCACUUUGGCGAUGUGUGCUCGCGAUGGCCAGAUCCGUGUGGCAGAGCUUUCUGCCACCCAGCGCUGCAAGAACACCAAGAGAGUGGCACAGCACAAGGGGGCAGCACACAAGUUGGCGUUAGACCCCGACUCUCGCUGUUCCUUCCUCUCUGCUGGAGAGGACGCAGUCGUGUUUGGUAUUGACCUCUGUCUUGACCGGCCCGCAAAUAAACUAGUGGUGGUCAAAGAGGGCGAUAAGAAAGUGGGCUUGUACACCAUCUUUGUGAAUCCUGCCAACACACACCAAUUUGCUGUUGGAGGAAGAGAUCAGUAUGUCAGGAUUUAUGACCGAAGAAAGAUUAAUGAAAACAACAACAAUGGUGUUCUGAAGAAGUUCUGCCCAUCCCACUUGGUGAACAGCGAGUCCAAAACAAACAUCACUUGCCUGGUUUACAGUCACGAUGGCACAGAACUUCUAGCUAGCUACAAUGACGAAGACAUUUACCUGUUUGACUCAAACCACAGUGACGGUGCUGAUUACCAUAGGAGAUACAAAGGCCACCGCAAUAAUGCCACAGUGAAAGGAGUGAACUUCUACGGCCCCAGAAGUGAGUUUGUGGUCAGUGGCAGUGACUGUGGACACAUCUACCUGUGGGACAAGAACUCCGCUCGCAUCGUGCAAUUCAUGGAGGGUGACAGAGGCGGUGUGGUGAACUGUCUCGAGCCCCACCCCCACCUCCCUGGUCUGGCCACCAGUGGCUUGGACCACGAUGUGAAGCUGUGGGCUCCCACUGCAGAGACACCCACUUCACUGAAGGGCCUCAAAGAGGUGAUGAAGAAGAACAAACGUGAGCGUGAUGAGGACAGCGUGCGCCAUGGAGACCAGUAUGACACACAGCUGCUGUGGUUCCUGAUGAGGCACAUGAGAAACCGUAGGCCUCAGAGGGCCCGGCGUGGAGAAGGAGGGGAGGGGGACACGGAUGAAUCCUGGAGCUCACCAGACUCCUCUGAUGAAGAGGACGGCGGUCCUGACCACGUCCAGUGCAUGUCCUCCUGAGCCACACGUGCGCCCACACACACUUACACACAUAUGCACCUUUUAUAAACAUUUUUGUUUUGUUUAAUGUUUGUUUUUGUUUUUCACUAAUCACUCAGAUGUUAAUUUCAUCCAUACAUCCACACACAUAUACACCUCAGAGCCCCAUAUUGAAGCACAUAGACACUGGAAACCCACUGGUACACACAAGAGACACUGAGAAGCCAGCAACGAUAGAACAAACACAUGUGCGUGCACACACACACACACACACACACACACACACACAGUGGGACAUCACCGGACACGCACACACAAUGGGACAUCACACAUACACUUAGUAAGUGUCAUGGAGGAGCACAUACUAAAGUCAGUGCUGACAAAAAAAAAAUCAUACCUGACUUAAUACACAAACGUGAAGCACAUUCACACAGAGAUACUGUGGAACAACAUACCUACACACCACACACAUAUAAAUCACACAAACACUCUCUCACUCAUCCACUGUUUCCUCGUUUGCACUCGACAUAAACACUUAUACAUACAACACGUCAUCAUCACGCUCAUAGACUUCCAAUUACACUCAGUCACUUGAGUCUACUCACAUGCUCUCACAGGAGCAAAUCUGCCCAAGAUUUAGCCUGAAUAUUUUCGAUGCCUUUUCAAAACAUCUUAGAAGAAGAUUUUCUCCAGUUCUGCAAGCACUCACAUCCUAGGAGUAGUCGCAGAAGUAUUUGUCAGAAUCUAGGAUUGAGUCUUGUUGGCUAUCGUAAAAAUCUGUUCCUGUUUGCUCUUUCCGUCAUAUAUACAUAUACACAUACACACACACACACACACACACACACACACACACACGCGCACUCACUCACUCACUCACUUUAUCACUCACUCACUGACGCAAUCAGUCAACUUUUUGGCCAGGUAGGUACUUGGCGUGACACACGUAAAGCGGUGGAACGCGAUCGCUCGUUGUGUGUGCAGUGUUUUCUUCCCAAACCAGCAUUUCUCGAGGCUCCUUCCUCUUCUUUACCUGUCUGGAGCGUCUGUGGAUGAGUGCCCGGAUGCUCCGUACGGAUUGUGAAUCUCGCCCUCUCCCUCCCUUAUUGUUUUGUUGAUCUGGCCACUAAUCAGGUGGACAUGGACAGGGAUGGCCAUGGGCAGGCUUGCCUGAGCUUCCCGCUCUUGAUGUCUCGUCGUAUUUUGGGUGCAUGUUUCCCCGGCUCUAGCCCACUUGCUAGUGGUGAUCUGAACCACACCUUCACCUGCUGUAGGGGCCAGCCACAGGUGCGUGCAGGGCAAGCCGGGAGACAGCAAACCCCCCCCCUCACCCUGUCCCAAUCUUGCUGUGCGCUCUCUCCAGGUCCUCUCCCCAUGCUACUGAGUGCACUUUAAUCAGGGAUCUGCUUAGUUUGAGUCUGUAAGACUAGCGUGUGCGCAGAGGGGGCAUGCAAUAUUUUAUGUAUUCAACUUACUGAAAGUAUGCUUUUUUUUUUGUUUUGUUUGUUUCAUUUUGUUUUGUCUCGAUCUCUAUUGCUUUCUCUUUAUUUCUGUUCAGAGAUAAAAAAAAAAAAAUAAGUCAAAAAAGUCAAAAACCUAGUUUAGACUGAAAUAAAGAUUUGGCACCAGCUCAGUAGUUUGGUAUUUGCACUUGCCAGGAGCCUGAAGAUGGGGACUUCCUUCUCUGCUCCUCCAACCCUUUUUUCUAAUAUGGGCAGCCACUUGGAUCUUUGUCUCCUGAAAUUUCAUUGUCUACACCCCUCUGAUCUUCACCUGAGACUGUAGACCAAGGCUAGGAGGUCUGGUCUCUCUCUCUCUCUCUCUCUCUCUCUCUCUCUCUCUCUCUCUCUCUCUCUCUCUCUCUCUCUCCCCCCCCCCCCCCCCCUCAAAGAGAAAGCGCCCCCCCUCUGUUACAGGAAAGCUCAUGAAACCCCUGGAAUACCAAGACUAUAUAAUGACUCCACCCAGUUUGGAAUGUCUCAAUUUUUUUUACAAUAUUUUUUCCCCAUAAGAUUGUAAAUUUGGAUGUGGAAUUGAGAAAAUAGUGAAAAUGGACUGUUCUGAACUGUUGGUGCUUUACAGGGAUGUUUGUUAAGGAUUGCAAAGGGAUGGUGAUUGGGGGUGGGGGGAAAGUCUGGGUGGAUGGGGUUAUUGGGAGCGCUGGAAGAAAAGGGUGGUUUAUGCCUGUUUUUGUUUUUCAUGUGAGAGGAAAAUUAGCUCCAGUUCUUCUCUUUUGUAUAAGUGAAAUAAGUUAAAUAAAUUUAUAUGUACAUAACUAUAUAUAAAUAUAUAUACUAAAAUGAACUGUAAAGAAAUCAUCUUUACCAAAUAAUCUUUUGAAAAGAUGUCAAAAUGUUCAAUUGGUAUUAAUGCAGAAGUUUAUAUUAUUAAAAAAAAGUACUUUUGAAAUGAAUUGAACACAACACAAUUCUAAUCGUUUCUGAUUCAUGAACCUGAAUUGUAUGUCAUCAACAUUCAAGUUUUAAUGUUGAUUUUGUUUUGGUUUCCUUUUCUGUCAUUUUACUGCCUCUCUGUUUCCAAAGACAGUCCCGUGAAAACCCUCCUGAUGGCAAUGUUAUUUCUGGUAUAGGCUCAAUGUUUAGGUCUAUGGUCAAUGAUUAUUUUUCCCACUGCUGCCUACUGUGUUCUACCAGUUCAGUUACAAACAUGUAUGAUUUGUGCAGUAAACAAGAUGAAAGAC